UGUUGGCUGCUCUGAGCCCUGCAGUGCGGAGGUGGCAACAGGUUCCCGUUUGUCCUGUUGCUGGCGCUGCCGGUGCUGCAGGCGCUGCGCAUUGAGCACUGUCGAGAAUGACCCCUCAUCCCCUACUCCCCAGUUCUUUCCCUGGUGAGAGGGCUUGCCAGUGCGGGUACGGGUAGGGUGCAGGGGAGCCACUCCUCAGUCUUCCCCUUCCUACACCAUGGCGUUGGCUGCCUGGCUUUCCCCAUCCUCCACUCCAGCCCAGCUCCCUUCACUUCCUCCAGGCAGCCUUCUCCAGAGAGCAGCGCAGCCCCCUCAGGAGCUCCUGUCUCUCUGGGUUGUCAUCCUCCUCAGUGACACUGAGACAAGACAGGUCCCACCCGAUGCUUUCGCUAGCACCCGUUGGCUCACCGGCUCCCCGAGCCCGCCCUGUCGCCCCGCCCCGCCCCGCCCCUCUGAGCUGCAACUCCAUGUCCGAAGGCAGAGGCUUCGAAGGUGGAAGCUGAGUCCGGCUGCCAACAAGCAGCCGGCGCUCGGGCGGCGCGGGGCCCGGAGCUCGGCUUCCACGUGCGAGCUUGCCCCGCCCCCUCCCGGCGGCCGCGCCUGGGGACUCUCUGCCCACGGACAGCGCCUUGCCGUGGCAGUGGCCGUGGCCGGGACGUCUACGAGCGGCCGGCCGCCGCCGGAUCGCGCUCCAGCGCCCUCGGCCCGACGUGCAGGCAGCCGCGCGCCCAUGGAGGGCCUGGGCCGCUCGUGCCUGUGGCUCCGCCGGGAACUGUCGCCCCCACGGCCGCAGUUGCUGCUCCUGGACUGCCGCAGUCGCGAGCUGUACGAGUCGGCACGCAUCGGCGGGGCUCUGAGCGUGGCCCUGCCGGCGCUGCUGCUGCGCCGCCUGCGGAGUGGGAGCCUGUCGGUGCGCGCGCUCCUUCCCGGGCCGCCGCUGCAGCCGCCGCCGCCCGCCCCGGUGCUCCUGUACGACCAGGGCGGGGGUCGGCGCCGGCGCGGGGAGGCGGAGGCCGAGGAGUGGGAGGCUGAGUCGGUGCUGGGCACGCUGCUACAGAAGCUUCGGGAGGAAGGCUACCUGGCCUACUACCUCCAGGGUGGCUUCAGCCGUUUCCAGGCCGAGUGUCCUCACUUGUGUGAGACCAGCCUCAAUGGCCGUGCUGGCUUGAGCAUGGCCCCAGUGCUAAGCCCAGUGCCUGUGGUGGGGCUAGGUGGCCUGUGCCUGGGCUCUGACUGCUCUGAUGUGGAAUCUGAAGCUGACCGCGACUCCAUGAGCUGUGGCCUGGAUUCAGAGGGUGCCACACCCCCACCAGCAGGGCUGCUGCCAUCUUUCCCUGUCCAGAUCCUGCCCAACCUCUACCUGGGUAGUGCCCGGGAUUCGGCCAAUUUGGAAAGCUUGGCCAAGCUGGGCAUCCGCUACAUCCUCAAUGUCACCCCCAACCUCCCUAACCUCUUUGAGAAGAAUGGCGACUUUCACUACAAGCAGAUCCCCAUCUCUGACCACUGGAGCCAGAACUUGUCCCAGUUCUUUCCAGAGGCCAUUGCAUUCAUUGAUGAGGCCUUGUCCCAGAACUGCGGGGUGCUCGUCCACUGCCUGGCAGGGGUCAGCCGCUCUGUCACUGUCACCAUGGCCUACCUCAUGCAGAAGCUUCACCUCUCGCUCAACGAUGCCUACGACCUGGUCAAGAGGAAGAAGUCUAACAUCUCCCCCAACUUCAACUUUAUGGGGCAGCUGCUGGACUUCGAGCGCAGCCUGCGUCUGGAGGAGCGACGCGCCCGGGAGCAGGGCAGCGGGGGCCAGGAGUCCUCCACGCGCGACCCGCCCUCCUUCUUCACCACCCCCCCGGGCGACGGCAUCUUCCAGCUGGACCCCAGCUAAGGCCCCCCGCGGGGCCCAGUGGGCGUUCCCGACGACGGGCGGCAGCGGGGGCGGGGGUGGGGGAGCACGCAAUACCUCACCCGGCUGCGGAGGGAGGUGGGAGCCCGAGCGCGUGCCCGCCCUGCCCGCUCGAGACAUCCUCGGGAAUCCUGCGAAACGUGCCUAUAGGCCGGGCCAGGGCCGCUGGCCUGACCCAUGCCCUCAGGCGGGCGGGACCACGCUCCAGAACCUGCCUCUUCUGCGACUGUUACUUUUUUCUUUGGGGGGUGGGGUGGGGAUUCCUUAUCCGAGGGACUAUUCCAGGUGGCUACCUGUUCCCCGGCCCAGGCCCAGGCCCUGGGUGCUCCGCCAGCUUGGCUGGGCCCUGGGCCUCUCUGCGGUUCCCCCUUCAGGAAGGGUGUGUGCCACUUUGUUUGCCACAGGGACUGGUUUCCAGUCCCUUCCCUGUCCCCAAAUGGCCGCUUGGGGAGAGGAGAGCGCCACCACCACCAGUGCAGUCACCGCUGCUUCUCUGCCAAGGGCUUGGGUCCUUUUGGGGUUGGGGACCUUCCAAGGGAUGUGGACCCAAAGGUGGAAUGGCCACCAGGCAUCCAUGGCCUGGGAGCACUGGGCAGGUUCCCAGCCACACAUCUGGCUCCCUGACUGUUUUUUUUUCUUCUUCCCCCAGAUGUCUUGACCAGAUCUCUGGCGCUCUUUGUGACUGAGGGUGGUCAAACUGCCACAGGAGGAGAUAGGGUCUCAGAGUGAGAGCCUAGAAGGGGGAAGGGAAGAAGACGACCUUGAUAUUACUGCUGCAGGGCCCACACAGCCUCUCUUGGUUUGGGGGGCAAGGAAGGGGUCAAGCUGCAGACAUACAGUCAUUAUUGCAGUCCACACCCCUGUGAACAGCAGGGGUGUGUGUGUGUGUGUGUGUGUGUGUACAUGUUGGCACUCACACGCAUGCUAGCCCACUUACACCCAGCCCAGGGUUGACAGUCCUUGACAUGGUGACAGGAUCGUCUUGGCCGGAGGAGGGGCUGUGCUUGUUUGUUUUUGUAAUCCUCAUCACAGUUGCUUUCUUUAAUUGUUCCUCUCAAAUAAAUGGUUUAUUUAAGAUACUGA